AUGGAAGAAUCCAAUAAUUUGGAUUUAUUAAAGUUUGAAGAAUUACAAGGGUUAUUGGAGACUCAUAAACAACGUUUACAUGAAAGAGCAUAUGAUAAAUCCAAUUCAUUGGAUUUAUUAAAGUUUGAAGAAUUACAAGGGUUAUUGGAGACUCAUAAACAACGUUUACAUGAAAGAGCAUAUGAUAAAUCCAAUUCAUAA